AGAAUAAAACUUUGCAAUAAAUAGAAUAAAAUAAUGUAAAAAAAAAAAAAAAAAAUGUCUGUUAGGGCAGCAGAGGAGAUACCUGUACACCAGUGCACCUGGGCUGGACAGCCACAAAGAAGGUUCACAGGCUGAGGCUAAUGCAAAAAUAAUGUCAGUGUAUACAAAAAGAACAGUGCUCAAAGUGCAAAAAAAUAAGUUUUAAAAAAGUGAAUAAAACAGCAGCAAACAUUUCAGUCCUUCACUAUCAUCAGUGCUACUGACAGGAGUGCUUCACAGAACAGAUACCACUCACUGGUGCCACUUAUUAAAUGAGAGCAACUCCGAGGGGCAGAAGCCUGACUACCAAAUCACAAUGACCUGUCCUAUGAAUACUACACUAUUCACAACACCCUCAAACACCAGUGUAUGAUAGCAGAACAUAAUAAUAUACAAUUGUACAAUUAACACAACUAUACACAGACUAAAAGAAAGUACAAAAUAUGACAGCGUGUCCAACAGGCCCGUGCUGGUACAUGCAGAUGUCUUAAAAAGCAGGACAAAUGAAGUGUUUCAUUCAGGCCUAAAGGCUGCUCAGUUUUAAAAACAAAGAUCCAUCUACUUUCACACUGCAGGAGUUAAGUUUCUUGAACUGAAUCUCAGCAGCUAGGGUUAACUACAUCAGUGCCACAGAAACUGAGUGCAGUAGCUGGAUGUUUGGCUUCCUACAGGGGGUUUUGGAUCCACUCUACAUCUACUGAAACCACACCAUCUACAGCUCAUUCACUGCGGGACCAAGAACACGACCGAGCACUCACAUCAUGAUUGAGAGUGACAGAGAGCUGUCGUCCAUGGUGCAGGAGCUGUGGGACAACGACAUCAACAGACUCAAACCUGGGAAAGACUACAGGAUCUCUCUGCAGGGUAAAGCUGGAGACAGCAUGGCUGUCAACGACAACAAUGAUGGAGCAGGAUAUCCUCUGUUUACGUUUGUUGACGAGAACAUUUUCAAAAAGGAGACUUUUUUAGCCUUUAUCUCCCUGUUGGAUAACUAUGUGAGUGACACCGGCGAGCCAGAAAUUGUAACCCCCGAGGAGGUGGCAGAGAACCACAAAUUCCUGGACGCCAUCAUUAAGACUCCCACUAUGAAGAUAGCUCAUAAAUACCUGGCAGAGAAGAACCUCUCUCCAGAGGAUGAGACGAAAUUCAAGGAGCAGCUGUACAGGAUCUGGUUUGAACUCUAUGCGAGGAGAGGAUCCAGCAGACCAGACUCCUCCGGGUUUGAACAUGUGUUUGUUGGAGAGACGAGAGGAGGGCGCACUGUCAUCGGCUUCCACAACUGGAUCCAGCUCUACCUUCAAGAGAAGCUGGGACACAUUGACUACAAAGGCUACAGCGUUGACGCACACUCACCCCAGCCAGACGAGAACAAACACAUCCUGGCACUACAGUUCAGCUGGAAGGAUGGUAUAAAGCCCAAGGGCAGCAUCUUCAUCGGCGUCAGUCCCGAGUUUGAGUUUGCCCUCUACACCCUCUGUUUCCUUACCUCGCCCAACGAGCGCGUCAAAGUCCAGUUCAGUUUCUACGACGUGGAGAUUGUUUGCCACCACUACAACCAAAAGCACAUAGGCACCACUUACCCUGUGCUUAUUAGGUACCGGAUACCUACAAAGUAACUUGUCUAGAAAUCAAUCUCAGGUACAGGUAUAACUUCUCCAACACUUGAACUUGGAAACAGUGUCACAGGUGUUGUUGUUGUCUUUUUAUUUUAGAUAAAGAUACAAUAAAACCUUACA